CAGACAGCAUACUGAUGCCUCCUGCACAAUCCUAGCCAAAAGAUGCAGGAGGCACUUGGAACAGAAGCAAAACUGGUGUAGAAGAUUAGCUGCACCCGGGCAGAUUGUCCGGACCAGGGUGACGGAUAAUGGAUAGCGAGCUAAAGUACCCCAGACCCGGAUGCGGAAGGAGCGACGGAAUCGCUUUCCCCGCAGCGCCACAGACGAGGGUCGAGUUGCAGCUUGACAAGCAGAGUCUCAAGCCACCAACGAUCGGAUGUCAAGUCGAACUCCGCGAACACAAACAUCAGUCGCGCCAUCCAGGUCCUUCUUGCGUGACAGCUGAUAACGAAAAGUAGAGAGAGCCUUGUCGUCCGAGCAGACGAUGCUCAAGGCAGCAGGUCUGGAUGAGUGAACAGUCCCGGCAAGCGUCGCCCUCGCGCAGCAUCGAUGAGCUGGAACGUCUCGUGCUGCAUUUUGUGGCAGCUAAGCGCUCUCUAUCCUCGACCGCUCUGGUAUCUCGAGCACACGAUGUCGUGACGACAGCCCGGGGCCUUGUCGAGGAGAAGGCCGUGCUGACAGCCAAGAAUGCCUUUGUCCGGCAAGGAGUGCUGGAAGAAGCCACCGUCUUGGUAGCCGUAAGGGACGCUUUGGACAGCAUCGGUCGCGAAACUGAUGUUGACUUCAAGGCAGUGAUACAUCAGCUCGAUCUCGCCGACAACCGCCUGCAGGCCACUUUGGUACAAUUGACCAGCACCCAAGUAGACACUUCAGAGCUGCACUCCCGAGGUGCCACGCCCGAUAAUCAGAAAACCCUCCAUGAUUUCAUCGACGAAGACACGCAUCUGAACCUGAUCGAGUCCCUGCGCAGCACCAUCGACUCCCACAAGGCAGCCGAAGGCGACUUCCAGCGCUCGCAAGACUCGUUCGACGAUCAGAUCCGCGCUCUCGAUGCUGCCGUCAACGACGCCGAUCAGGCCACCGAGAACCAAGACGAUCUCUCCCCCAUACCGCCCUUGUUCCACGCACUGACAACACAUGCGACUGAGACAGCAUCGCUGCUGGGCUCUCUGGUCGCACACUACGACCUUUGCACCUCGGCGCUCAAACAUACUGAAGGAGGAGGUGAAGCCGCUCGACAAGCCAACCCUUCUUCUGCCGAAGAUGCUCCUGAAGACAGUCUAUACAAAAAUCUACCUCUUGGCCCUCUGAACGAACACGAGCGUCAAGAGAUGCUUGCCGUCGUCGAAAACGACGCUCAAGAGGUAGAGGAUGUUAUUCUCGAGAUCCGCGAACGUCUUUCCGAGAUGGAGGCCCAACUCGAGCAGUUGCAAGCACAUUCCCAGGCCAUUCGUCUGCGCCAUAAACUCCUCGGCCGUGUGUUGAAUCUGCUACGUACACUCGGAGGUAAUCUGCCUGUCUUCAUUUCUGCUGCCAAGCUCUAUGGCAAUAACUGGAGCGUACUAAAGGAAACCCUGAUUGCAAAGGCAGAAGAGCUAGCUUCCUUGACAGACUUCUACGAGUCUUUCAUCGCUUCAUAUGCCUCAUUACUGCAAGAGGUCAACCGUCGACAUGCCGUCGAGAACAAGAUGCAGCGUAUUGCUGACAAGGCUCGCCGUGAAAUCGAAUCAUUAUACAAGGAAGACGUUGCUAUGCGCGAAGACUUUGUCCGAGGAACUGGGGAAUUCUUGCCACGAGAUAUUUGGCCUGGUCUAGUCGAUGCUCCAAGGCGCUGGGACAUUAGAGCCGCGUCACCGGAAAUGCAGCGAGAACCUGAAGAAGACGAACAACAUCAAUGACGCGUCUGAUCCUGAAGAUCUUAAGCCUACAUGGAGGAUGGUACUACGUGAUGAAUAACACGGCGUUACAAGGAGAACUGGCUGCGUUUGCUUUUCUUUUCUGGUCGCGCCUGUUUCUUCUUAUAUCCAUACAGCACAAGCAUAUUCUUCGUCAAUACAGAGUCUUGUUGAUACAGA